AUGAACACCUCGGCCCCGCCCGCCGUCAGCCCCAACAUUACUAUCCUGGCACCGGGAAAGGGCCCCUGGCAAGUGGCCUUUAUUGGGAUCACCACUGGCCUCCUGUCACUGGCCACGGUGACAGGCAACCUGUUGGUGCUCAUCUCGUUCAAGGUCAACACAGAGCUCAAGACUGUCAACAACUAUUUCCUGCUGAGCCUGGCCUGUGCCGACCUCAUCAUAGGCACCUUCUCCAUGAACCUCUAUACUACCUACCUGCUCAUGGGCCACUGGGCCCUGGGCACGCUGGCCUGUGACCUCUGGCUGGCCCUGGACUACGUGGCCAGCAACGCGUCCGUCAUGAACCUGCUACUCAUCAGCUUUGACCGCUACUUCUCUGUGACGCGGCCCCUGAGCUACCGCGCCAAGCGCACGCCCCGCCGGGCCGCCCUCAUGAUUGGCCUGGCCUGGCUGGUUUCCUUCGUGCUCUGGGCCCCAGCCAUCCUCUUCUGGCAGUACCUGGUGGGUGAGCGGACAGUGCUGGCCGGGCAGUGCUACAUCCAGUUUCUCUCCCAGCCCAUCAUCACCUUUGGCACAGCCAUGGCCGCCUUCUACCUCCCGGUCACCGUCAUGUGUACCCUCUACUGGCGCAUCUACCGGGAGACGGAGAACCGGGCACGGGAGCUGGCCGCCCUGCAGGGCUCGGAGACACCAGGCAAGGGGGGCGGCAGCAGCAGCAGCUCGGAGCGAUCCCAGCCCGCGGCCGAGGGCUCGCCCGAGACCCCUCCAGGACGCUGCUGCCGCUGCUGCCGGGCCCCCCAGCUGCUGCAGGCCUACAGCUGGAAGGAGGAAGAGGAGGAGGACGAAGGCUCCAUGGAGUCCCUCACGUCCUCGGAGGGUGAGGAGACCGGCUCCGAGGUGAUGAUCAAGAUGCCCAUGGUGGACCCCGAGGCACAGGCCCCCGCCAAGCAGCCUCCCCGGAGCUCCCCGAACACAGUCAAGAGGCCCACCCGGAAGGGGCGCGAGCGAGCCGGCAAGGGCCCGAAGCCCCGGGGAAAGGAACAGCUGGCCAAGCGGAAGACCUUCUCCCUGGUCAAGGAGAAGAAGGCGGCUCGGACCCUGAGUGCCAUCCUGCUGGCCUUUAUCCUCACGUGGACACCAUACAACAUCAUGGUGCUGGUGUCCACCUUCUGCAAGGACUGUGUCCCCGAGACCCUGUGGGAGCUGGGCUACUGGUUGUGCUACGUCAACAGCACUGUCAACCCCAUGUGCUACGCACUGUGUAACAAAGCCUUCCGGGACACCUUCCGCCUGCUGCUGCUCUGCCGCUGGGACAAGCGACGCUGGCGUAAGAUCCCCAAGCGCCCUGGCUCCGUGCACCGCACCCCCUCCCGCCAGUGCUGA